AUGGUCCACCACCCCACCAUCGCCAACGCUUACGAUGUCCUUGGACUUGAGCAUGACACCUCACUCGAGGUUGUCAAGAACACAUACAAACAGUUGGCUCUCAAGACCCACCCCGACAAAAAUCCAGGAAGUGCUGACGCUACUGCUCAGUUUCAGCGGAUAAGUGAAGCGUACAAUGUCCUGCUCAAGCACCUUGAUAGAUCGGCAUCUCCUCCUCGUCGUUAUGGGCAUUCGCACACACAUCACACGCGUUAUGAGGACUAUGAUAAUUAUGACGAGUACAACGACGAGUACGAUGACGAUGACUACGAUUCAGACUUCGAAGACCUCGACUUUUACAUGUUCCUGUUUGAGGAGAUAAUGAGAGGUCGUGCGAGCCGCCACCGCGCCAACAUGUACUACCAUCAUCACAGGCCUGAACCUGAGACGCCAGAGCAAUUUGAAGCUCGGAUGAAACGCAAACGGGAAGAACAAGAGGCCGCCGAGGCUCGUCGCGUGCAGGAGGAAGCCGCGCGUAAAGCUGCGCUUGAGCAAGAGCGCGAAAGAGAGAGAAGAGAGGCAGAGCAACGGCAGAAGGCCAAGGCGUCUGCGAAAAAGGCCCAAGCAGCCGCCUCCCAAAAGACUGCCGAGCAGAAAGCUCGUGCCCAGCAGGAACGUCUACAGACGCUUCGUUCUGCAGUCUUUGCUGCUGCGAGGAAUGGGGACGCGGAGAGCGUGAAGAAAGGUGUCUGGGAGGACAAUGUCGACGCCGCUGGCGGUGAAGUCAAGAAAGGUGCUGAGGCCUUUGUGAAAGUACCUCUCAAGGACCCGCUUGAAACAUUGAUGCAUAUUGCAUCAGGUCGUGGGGAUGCUGAUUUGGUACAGUGGUUAGAUACACAUGGCGCUGAUGCUGAGGAACGCAACGCGGAAGGCUUCACUGCUUUCCACGUUGCAUUGCAGCGCGGAUAUAUCCCAAUCAUCAAGCACUUCUUCGAGAUGUACUCUCCUAAAGACUCGGACUUCGCGGAAUUAUAUAAUGCACCUGAAUCUACGUUCCUCCUCCGCCUUGCCUUGGCUUCGCGCAAGGACGAAGUGGUCUGGAUGAUCCUGGAAACGCGUCUCGUCAGCCAGCAGCAGAUCAGCGACGCCUGGGCAUAUGUGACAUCUCAUCCAGGGAAGGCUGAGAUCCUUGGGACUCCCGGACAGAAAAACGAGGAGAACUUCGAGAGCAUCUGCAAUCUCCUCAUGACCUACGGCGGGCUCACGCCUCCUUUAAGCCCUAAGGUCCAAGCGCAGAAGCCACCAUCAUCCCCCGCCCUUAGCAGCUCUCAGGCACCCUCGCCUGAACCCGAGCAGCCACAUCUAUCUAACGGAAAGACCCCCCGGUUACCUACCAAUCAGAAUUCCCAGCGACAAACACGACCACCACCCGCCCCGCGCCAGGAUAGCAGGCCUUCUAGAAUGCAUCAAGACUCCAAAGACGACCUGCCAUCCCCGAGCUCGCCGCAUGGUCGGGAGUCACCGCGAUUCCCGCCUUCCGAAAACCCUCAAUUCCAAUCGUCGCGAGGACGGGGCAGAGGGCGGGGCAGGGGUCGCGGGCUCGGUCGUGGUCGUGGCAGGGGUCAGCCACAGUUCCAAGCUGCACAAUGA